AUGAGUUCUCUAACCAAGGAGUUACAUGCUUAUCGAUUUUCCAACAAAGAACAACAAGCAGCUGCAAUAAAGUGUGAUUUGUGUGGUGAGGGCCAUCCUAAUGGUGAGUGUGUACCUGAGGGAGCUAGUGAAGAAGCUAACUAUGGGAAUUAUCAAAGGCAAAACUCUUACUAUAAUUCAGGAAUGAACAAGCACCCUAACCUGAGUUACUCCAACAACAGCACAUUGAAUCCUUUGAUUCCUAAUCCGCAACAACAACAACAACCAAGAAAGCCUUCCGGUCUUGAAAAGACAAUGAUGAACUUCAUGAAAAUGACUCAAGGUAAUUUUGAGGAAAUGAAGAAAAGUCAAGAUAUUGAAAGGAAGAAUAAUGAAGCUUUAAGGAAAUUGCUUGAAACACAACUUGGGCAAUUAGCUAAGCAGUUGGCUGAACAAAACAAGGGGGGAUUCUCAGGUAACACCCAGGAGAACCCUAAAAAUGAGACUUGCAAUGCUAUUGAGUUGAGGAGCAAAAAGGUUUUGACACCUUUAGUUCCAAAAGUUCCAAAGAAGGUUGAUGAAGAUGUUAUGGAGGUAGAUAAAGAUGUUGAAGUUAAGGAAGUAGUUGAAAAAGAAACUGAGCAUGGUGAAGUUGAAAAAGAGAGUGAUCAAGGUGUAGUUGAAAAUGAAAGGAAGAAAAAAAAAGGGGGAGAAAAAAGUGAGAAGUUAAUAGAUGAAGACUCGAUCUUGAGAAAGUCUAAGAGUCAAAUUUUGAAAGAUGGGGAUAAACCACAAGUCAUUCCAUCUUAUGUGAAGCUUCCAUACCCUCAUCUAGCCAAAAAUAAGAAGAAAGAGGAAGGACAAUUUAAGAAAUUCAUGCAACUCUUCUCACAACUUCAGGUGAAUAUUCCUUUUGGUGAAGCUCUUGAUCAAAUGCCUGUUUAUGCUAAAUUCAUGAAAGAAAUGUUAACGAGUAGAAGAAAGCCAAAAGAUGAUGAGAACAUCGCUCUUUCCGAGAAUUGUAGUGCUAUUCUCCAAAGGAAGCUUCCACCUAAGCUUAAAGAUCCUGGUGCCUUUACCAUCCCUUGCUCCAUUGGGCCGGUAGACAUUGGGAGAGCUCUAUGUGAUUUAGGGGCUAGCAUCAACUUGAUGCCUCUUUCAAUGAUGAAGAAGCUUGGAAGUCGGGAGCUAUCUCCGGUAUCAGUGUUUAUAGAGUUUAGGUAG